CUCCCGAAGCCCCCAAAAAGUGCGCCAAAACUCCUCUCCCCGGCAUCCGAGCAUUAUAUUCUUUUCCCCUGAUUGUUUAAUGUCAACCUUAUUGGACUAGAGUUGCUCCUGGUAGUCUGACAAUGGCAUACAAUGCCAUCGCUCAGAGAGAACAUGAACAGUUGUCCGACGACGAGUCUUCUGUGACGAGCACGCGACCAGACCGUGCGGUUACUCAUGACACGGGGCACGAAAGCACAAACGAUAAGGAAGAUGCGACCGCAGAACCACGUCCAGAGUCGAGAGAAAGCUUUGCCUCCGCCGAGGAAGAUCAUUUCAGCGAACGACCUAAAUCUCCCGCGUCCAAGCCUGAAAAGUAUGAUUUAUUGGAAGAAGAUGACUACGAGGAGCCCAUACCAGUCGAGCCCGGCAACGAAAACGCUAGCCACAAGGAGCAUGUGGAAAGUAAGGGGUCGGAUGGUGACCACAGUUCUUCACAAGAGAGCAUUAGAAGAGGCAAACAACACGAGCCAACUCCAACUGCAGACACAGAGGAAAAGCUCUCUAGCAUGGAUUCCAGUACGUCCUCUCCGGAGCCAACCAUGACGGUUAGAACAUAUUCUUCCGAGGGAUCAAUGAGCCGUCAACAUCCAAAGCCAGGACUUCAGUCUAUACAGGGUGCCUAUAUCGACAAUGUGGAACGGCUCGAACGGAGCGCGGAGCGGUUGAGCAUGGGCUCGGAUAUUGGAGAGGAAUUACGGAAACUAAAGGAAGAAGAACGCAAAUCUGCUAGUCGAAGGUCCUCUUUGCACGAUUCGCAGGCAAAUGGCGGUCGUUCCAAGACUCCUUCAUUCAGUCACCAAUUUUCAACCGGGUCGAUAUCGAGUUCUAUCGUUGGAGUAAACAGUCAUGCUAGACAUGGUGGAUAUUCGUCCAGCGCAUACGUGACCUCCCCAAAGGGCUCUAUCCGCUCCGGAUCAUCCUCUCACUUUUCCUACGCUGGUAGGCCAACAUCUCACGGGUCGCGUCUAGCCAAUCUCCCCGAACCCGAAUUAGAAGGCCGGCCGCUUGAUUCGAUGGUCACUUCUCCCGGACUCCAAAGUACACGAAGCACAACAUCAAUCCGCUCGCCAUCUUCUGCCGCCCGGCAUGCAGCCGACGACGACCCGCACGAGCACACGUCGCCAUCGAGUCAGAAGGGUCAUGUCACGCGGCACGAUCAAAAUGCAACUUUGGACACCCCAGAGCGUCCUGCUUCCACGGAUACAUACCAGCAGGCAAGGACAUUGUUCACCGAUUUCGACGGUGUCCAUUACCCAGUGGAACCACAGAGCAGAUCUACUAGCGGCUAUUUGACCGCUACAAGCCGGGAACCGUCUUUUAAUCGAAAUUCGCGACCAAUGUCUUUUCUAGAGCCUCUCCCAGGAGAAAACAUGAUUUACUAUCCUGCCCCGGUACCGGAAAUAUUAAAUCUCCCCAAAAGGUUAUCCAAAAUUCCCGCAGGCUUUGCGCGAGAUAAGAGAAGAUCUCAGGCUCCAGGAUUCGAUCGUGAUGCCUCUCGGCAAUCUGUCAAUUGGUUCCCUGGCCUCUUGGAAGGCGUUGAUCAUAGUGAGGAAAAGGUUGAGAAGAAAGAUGAAAGCAACGAGGAAAAAGGCAAUCGUAGGAAUACUGUGAAUCUCGACCGGAUUCCACCUCAGUUACGAGCUAGCGUCUUUUUUCAAGAGCCCAGCGUUGAACCUGAUAUCGUCAUUAAAGGCGGCUCGGCCGUGGCGACGUUGGACAGUAUUCUUGAUGCCUCGGCAACGGCACCAGUGAAUGCAUUCUUGGACCACCCAUUUGCUGGACAGGUAGGCAAGGAAGUAUACGGCAAAGAGAGAGCAAGUCAGAGUUCGGCCGACUUGGUAGGCCGUCAUCUCGAUGUUCCAAAAUCUCGACAAUCCAACGUUCUUCGGAAACGAAAUAGCGCGGGUACCCUCGAGAUUGCUCAGAGACGCGAAGGUAGUAGAUUCAGCCUUGCCAGCUCGGAUGCACGUCUGAGUGAGGCAUUGCAUGGCGCCCCGUCUGAGGCAGAGCUUGCAGCGCAGCAUGACGACACAACGCUGCUUGGACGCUCUGGGACGGCAGGUCCUGCAUUCGAAGACGAAGGUGCUAUUAACGCAACAGAAGAGCCGGACGAGGGCCAACUCGAAGAUGAGUUUUUUGGGCCGCCGACUACGCUCUUGGCUGAACUGCAACUCCGAAAACGACAACAGCGUCAACGGAACCUUACAGCUGCAACGGCUUUCCCGAAUGGUAUGCGCUCGACGUUACUCGAGUUGGAUGCUGUUGCACAGUUACAGAAGAACUCUCGGCAGCAUAAGCGCGUAACUCUUGCGUGGGAGCGACCUGAUGCCGCCCAAGGCGAUGAAAUUGAUGACGAAGUACCCUUGGGAGUACUAUUCCCUGGGAAGGAUACGCUCAUGAACAAAUACAAUACAAUGUCCGGAGCUGAUCGGCCUUUGGGUCUCAUGGCCAAGCGUGACCUAGAGGAUAAUGAACCUUUGAGCCGCCGUCGAGAGAGACUUCGACGUCCUAGUCGUCCGUUUCGCGAUGCAAGCCCCAAUGCACGCGCGAGCACCAUGUUUCUAUCUAAUCUUGAUACCAAUGGUCGAUCGGGCGACGUUGAUCUGGAGGAGCCCGAGGGAGAGACCUUGGCUCAAAGGUUAAAGCGAAUGAAGACAAAGAGUCAAUUGAUCAACGACUCUGAUAGCAAGCCAAUCAAUAAUGACACAGCCGGCGGCGACUUUACGAGUGAACUGCUGGGCGAGUUGGGCAUUGCUGAGGCAAAGUCUGGAAAAGAUGAGCAAGCAGAUGUGGCAAAGCAAGAGCCUGAAGCUGUUGAGGAGACCCUUGGUCAACGGAAAAAGAGACUCCAGGCUGAAAGAGAAGCCCAGUCACACGACGUUGGCGGGGAGAAUGAAGCAAACUCACGCCCACGUCUUCAGGCUACUCGAAGUAUGGCCGAUAUUCUGCAAGCAUAUCCCGUACCAAUCAAGCGCUCUUCCUCUCAAGAUAGGCUGUCCACGAUGCUCGGUGCUCCAAAUGCGAGAGGUGGUCGCUCUGUAUCUCAAGACCGGCUCUCUACCAUGCUCGGCGCUGGUCAGCGCUCAUCAUCCCAAGACCGACUUUCUACCAUGCUUGGCGUCACCCAAGGUCAACGCUCAGCAUCACACGAACAGAAGACUCGAGGACGCGCGGCUCGAAGAAGCAUGUACCCGCAAUUUCCCAAUACUCCUGGCGUGGCACCUGCACCAGGUUUUAACCAGUACGGCAUGGCUGCAAACCCUUACGGGGCCAAUGCGUAUAAUGGCGGAUACAUGAUGCAGAAUUACUCUGCUCCUAUGUCUCAAUACCAGCUCGGCUCCCCUAAUGCUUUCUUCUCGCCCACUUUAGGUACGAACAUGGGCGUUCCGUAUACAAACGGUAGCUACUUUCCGGCUCCGAUGCAGCAGCCUAUGAACAUGAACCAGAGCAUGAUGUUCCAACCAAACAUGUUCAAUCAGGGCAUGCCAUACGGGGGUAUGGGUGGUGGCUUUGGUGGAAACGCUUCGAUGAUGCAGCUCCCCCAGGUCCCAUCAAUGCAGAGGGAUAGGAUUGACCAAUGGCGCCAAAGCGUCACACAUUAAAUGACUAUAUUCCCUGUCUCCUUUCCAUCAUUUCCCAUCCCCUUAUCCACUUCAAGAAACAUUUUUACAUUGAUUCACUUUUCGGUCAUACGUUUGCUGUGGAGAUACCAUUUUCUUUGUCCGCCUAUGCAUUUCUUUGCGAGAUACAAGCAAGCGCGAAGCCUCAGAGCAAGUAGGCAGUUUUUCAUAAAGCAUUUAGAUUCGUAAUGAUAAUAGUCCAUCCUUACAACGCCCUU